AUGGGACUCCUCCGCAGCACCUUCACAACCGCCGUUUUGGGCGCAGCAGGCGCCACGUCCGGCUGGGCAUUUUGGACACGAAAUUCCAAAUUCAUCCCUAUGUCACCCUCGGAUCCGAUUUUUUCUAGCUUAGCCUAUAUACGUCAGAACCCUAAUCGUAACCCCGCCAUGCAGGAUUUAUGUCAAAGGAAAGUGACGCUGAGUAAGAUAAAACCGCAUUUACUUGAGAAGGAAGGGAAGUUAGUCGAGGCAUUUUGUGCGGGGGUAUGGGGAGGUUUGGGCUAUGCACCGCAACGCAGCGUUCUCUCUAAAAAGUAUCAAAAUGAAACCACUACAGCGCAUCAACUCUGGAACCGAUCUGAUCUUCAAAACUCUACCUACGAAGUCGGCACUCAGAUCACCGACCACUUUGAAGUGGUUUCCAAAACACCCACAUCUAUUACCGUACGCUGCGGCGAUUCGCCUAUGGUAACUGGGGUGAGGGACAGCGAUGGACUUUUCGAAAUGAAGGCUAGUAUUGAUAAGAAUGAGGGGGUGGCGGUGUUUGAAUUGAAGAGUGUGUUUUUUAAAGGGACGGGGAAGUAUACGGAGAAACCUAUGCCUGAACAUAUAGAGUUUGCACAUAGGUUGUAUACGAAGUUAUGGAUGGAGACGGCGGUGGGAAAUUGUGUAAUGUGA